AUGAAUGAACGAACGAAGGGUUAAGAGAUUAUUAAUCUAUAAUUUUAAAAGAAAGGAACUUGGUUGUAUUUUUUUAUUAGUUUUUUUAAUCAAUUAAAUAUCUUUACUUACCCUUAAUAUUAGUUAGUCAAUUUAAUUAGCAAUAUACUGAAUAAAUAAAUAAACAAUCUAGCAAGCAAGCAUAGAAGCUAAUUUAUAGAGAGGUGUUUGUAAAUUGAUUAACUCUUAUAUAGGUGCAAGAGCAAGAACAUUCAUCAGUAAUUAAGGAUGAAGAGUAGCAAAAUUAACAGCCAAAAGAGUUAAGAAUAUAAGGAUGAAAAUUUGACUACAUUAAAUACUGAGUAAAGUGCUCAUAAUCACACUCAAAAGAGAUAGUCAGUCAAAAAUUCUACAUUAAAGAGCUAGCAAAAAAUUGGAGAUAGCAGCAAACCAAUAAUUUCUACUAAGACAAAUAUUGAAAAUUUUAGUGGAAAUUCAGCAACUAUUGGGCAAAAUCAUAGUGGUUCAUAAAAUGCUGCUAGUUUUUAGCCAUCUAAAACAUUUUCUAUUAUGAGCAGGAUCUUUUAGAAAUAAGGGAAUAAUGCAAGUUCUAAUGUCAAAAGCAGAGUUAAUUUUGAUAGCAAGACACAAGUUAACUUCAUUUAGAAAUAACAUUCUCUUAAGAAAAUAGACCUUCAUACAGACUCAAUCAUGCGAGAUCCACUUGUAAAUGUAUUCCCUGAAGGAAUGCCCAGAAAACAUAUUCUAUAUAAAGAAUUACUAUAAGCCUAUUUUAACGGUGAUAUUACUAUGAAUGAGCUGAUUGAUUUGCGCAAUAAGUAUACUAUGAAAAGAGAGAGAGUUGUUUCCUUGCCUUUGAAGGACGAUGAAUAGCAGCUUCAGCAAUUGAAUGAAAAACAAGAUUAAAAAGCAAAUAAAAAGUUAUGGGAGCAAAUCCGUCAACUUAGAUAAAAGUAAUUAAACAAAUUCAAGAAUAAUGAAAAAAGAGCUUAAAGGUCAAGCAUAGUUAUCAAUUCUCCUGGAGGAAUGAUCUUAAUGAGAGCAGACUCAAUUCAGUCUGGAGGACUUUAAUCAUAAAAUUCUUUUUCUUAAGCGACUUUGUCAAGAUAAGAUACAAAAUAAGAUAUAGGAAUGGAGUAAAUAGAUGAAAAGGAAGAGAAUUAAAAAUUCUAUGAAGAUGAGAUUACUCAAAAAAAUAGUAACAGCUAGUCUGAUCAGCAGGGAGUUAAAAAGAUUACAAAAUUUGGUUCUAUAAUAUUUGAUAAAUUGCUUAAUAUUAAAGAUAAAGUAGAGCACAAAAAAGUAAUAUAAAUGAAACAAAACAAGCAAAACUAGAAUUAGUUUUUAACUCAAUUUGAAGAAGCUUAGUAGGAAGUUAUAGAAAAAAUUAAAAGAGGAGACCUUUUGCAAAAUGAUCUCUCUCACAAGUAUUAUGUAAAACAGUUCAUAGAAAGAAAAAAUUUAAAUCAUCUCAAGAUUCUUGCAGAUAAAACUGCCUAAAUUGAAAGCUUAGUAACAGCCAAGACUGUUAAAAAAAUGAAUGAAGAUUUCAAAGCUAACAAACAUAAGAUUUUUAAAGAAAUAGAAAAUGCUGCUGAUGAAUAUUUAAAUAAAUUACAACUAAAAAGAAAUUUACUAGAACUCUUUUCUCAAAGUAAUACAAAUAAGUACGAAGAACUUGAACAGCUAAAGAACUGGAGAUAGCAAAAUUCUAAGAAAAUACUGAAGGAAUAGUAAGAAAAACACAUGCAUUAAUAUCAAUUUGAAAAAGAAUAAAAAGAAUUAGAGUAAGAAAUAAAGAAAUAAAGGCUACUUUAAAGUAGACUUAUGAGAAAUAGCAUGGAUAACAUUUCAAAUACCAAUUCAAAAUAGGAAAAUAGUUCAUCUGUUGAAAAUAUUAAAAAUAAUUAUUUCACUUCGGCUUAGAGAUUGCAAUCAAAUUCAUUAAGCUAUAAUAAAAAUUUUAGUUUAUAACAACCUUCUAUUAUCGGACAGUUUCUCAAAAAAGAAAUGAGUUCUCCAUCAAUUUUUACUUAGUAAAGGAAUUUAAAUUCAAUAAACACAUAGAAUGGAUAUGGUAUCAUUAACAAUAUUAACCCAAAAUCAUUAAGUAUCCCUUUCAGUAAUUAAAAUAAUAUAAACUUCAACUAAAAUACUACAAAUUCAACAAUUUUGCAUGUAAGCAGGACUUCAAUGACUGAUUAUAACUCGAUUCUUGGAAAUACAACAAAUAUAGGAAAAUAGGCUUAAAUCACUUAGAGCUAUUAAAAUUAAAAGCCACAUAGAACAAAUAUUUUGUAAAGAAAGCAAACUGAUGGACUAUUAACAGCUAAGGGAGGCUAGAGAUACAUUGAAGAUUACAUGAAUAUAAAUGGAACUGCUUCAUCAACAGCUACUACUUCAAAUUCAAACAAAAUUAAUAAUUUAUUCUCACCGUAAAAGAAUAAGGGCUUCCAUCUUCCUUAGAAUAUUUCGCAAAUUGGACCUUACGGAUAAAAGGUAGUUGAUCUUGAUCAUAAAAAUAAUAAUUAAAAAUAGACAUCAGAGUCUAAAAGGAAGAAUUAUUAAAAAAAUGAAGUAGAUUAAUUAUCAAAAUCUGCUUUAAUUGAACAAAGUAAACAAGAUGAUCAAUAAAACUAGAAGUAAAAGGAAAAUUAAAAAAUAACAAUAAAUUACCUGAACAAAUCUAAAAUUAUUAAUGAGCAUAAUAAGCAAAACAAGUAAACGAUCUUCUUGAAAGAUUUAUAUGAUUUAUAUUCACAAGAAGAGUUAUAUAGAAACACAAACUAGCUUCGUACUAGAAGUAAAAUGCUUGUAUCAGAUAAAGAGAACUUAUAAAACUUUUACAAGAGUGAAUAUGAAUACAAAAUAAUUAAAAGAAAUGCCAAUUCAUAAACAGACAGAUAAAAUUCAUUCUAUAAAACAGAAGGAGAUAAAUCAGUAAGCACUCUGGCUAUUCCAGAAAUAAAGUAAAAUAGAGUGAAAAGUGAGUCUAAUUGUUUAAAUUCUACCAAUAUGAAUAAGCAAAACUACUAUCAAAUAUAAGGUCACAACCAAAAUGAAGAUAGCUUGAUUGAAAAAAGUAACAGUUAAAAUUUCAACAACAUGAAAAAUAAUAACAAUAAUUUGGAUGAUUCUGAAAGUGGAGACUCUUCAUUACCUUCUAUCACUGAAGCUUAGCUGGAUUCAUAUUAUUCUCAAAGUAAACAUAUCUAAAAAAUGAUACUAAAAACAAAAGGAAAUACCUAGCUAUUUGCAAGGAGAAUGAAGAAUGUUAUUAAGCUUAAAGAAAUUAAUGAGGGUAUUAAUAAAUGUACAAAGAUGAAGUUGAAUCACAAAAGCAUUAAAAAUUAUUGA